GGAGGGGAGAGGACGUCAUGUUGAGGAAACGAAACCUAAAGAACCCCGACAUGUGUGAUAAAUAACACGCAUUAAAUAGUCUUAAAGACAGAAAAAACAACAAGGAAUGGCUAACACUUCCUGGUCUGAGGAGAACUUUUCAUGUCCCAUCUGUCUGGAUGUGUUCAGCAGUCCAGUUUCCACACCAUGUGGACACAACUUCUGCAGAACCUGUGUUACUAAGUUCUGGGAUGAACAAGUCAAGUACAAAUGUCCAGUUUGCAACAAGAUUUUCGACAUAAGACCUGACCUACAGGUCAAUACCCUCUUAUCAGAGCUGGCUACUCCGUUUAGAAAGUCCUUACGAGCAAAAAAGCAGCGAUGUGUUGAACCAGGAGAAGUUCCCUGUGACGUCUGUAUUGGGACCCAGCUGAAGGCUGUGAAGUCCUGCCUAGUGUGUUUCACCUCUUACUGCCAAACCCACCUGGAGCCACAUCAGAGAGUAGCAGGCCUGAAGAAACAUCGGCUGGUCGAGCCUAUGGACCGUCUGGAAGACAGGAUGUGUAAGAAACACGACCGACUUCUGGAGCUCUUCUGCCAGACUGAACAGGUGUUUGUGUGUCAGUUCUGCACAGAGGGUGAUCACAGGUCCCAUCCUGUUGUACCUCUAAAGGAGGAAUAUGAAGUGAAGGUGGGCCAGCUGGGGAAGAUAGAGGCUGAAGUUCAGCAGAUGAUCCAUAACAGAAUACAAAUUAUUCAGGGCAUUAAAGACACAGUAGAAUUAAACAAAAAAGACUGCGAUAGAGAGAUAGCCGAUGGUUUGCUGGUCUUCACCACUCUGAAGCGCUGCAUUGGAAAAUGCCAGGAUGAUUUCCAUCGAGCGGUUAAAGAGAAACUCAAUUCCACAGAGAAACGAGCUGAAGACCUCAUCAAAGAGCUGGAGCAGGAAAUAAAUGACCUGACCAAUAGAAGCUCAGAAGUGAAGCAACUCUCACACAAUGAAGACCCCCUCCACUUCCUCCAGGCCUUCAGAUCCCUGAAGGAUCCUCCACCCACCAGGGACUGGACGACGGUGGAGGUCCGUCCUCCGUCAUACAUAGGGACCUUGAGGAGAUCACUGGAUAAGCUGGAAGAGACUCUGAACAUGGAGAUGAAGAAGCUGCGUGAUGCUGAACUGAAAAGGGUCCAGCAGUAUGAAGUAGAUGUGACUCUGGAUCCUCAUACAGCUUAUCCCAAGCUCAUCAUGUCUGAGGAUGGGAAACAAGUACAUUAUGGAGGUGUAAGGAAAAAACUCCUAACCAACCCUAAGAGAUUUAAUCGGUAUACAUGUGUUCUCACAAGGCAGUGCUUCUCCUCAGGGAGAUUUUACUUUGAGGUCCAGGUUAAAGACAAGACUGAAUGGUGUUUAGGAGUGGCCAGAGAGUCCAUAGACAGAAAAGGUUGCAUCAUAUUCAGCCCUAAAACAGGUUACUGGACUCUUUACUUCAAAAAGGAUACGUUGUUAUUCGGUGAGGACCCUGAUAUCCGUCCGAGAGCUGAGCUCCAGAAGGUGGGGGUGUUUGUUGAUUAUGAUGAGGGUCUUGUCUCCUUCUAUGAUGUGCAAGCCAGGGUUCAUAUCUACUCUGCUGCUGGCUGCAACUUUAGAGAGCCUCUCUAUCCACUCCUCAGUCCAGGUGACCAUCGGGUUGGUGCAAACUUUGCCCCCCUGAUCAUCUCACCUGUCAAUCAAACAGAUUAAGACACUGUUCGAUGAUAAAAUAUACAAACAACAACAACUAAUGAUAUUUCCUGAAUAAGAAUAUCAGAUUUGAGAGAACUGCAUUAAUAUUGUACUGCUGUCUUUUAACAAGGAUUAUAAUAACCUUGACUAUUAUAAAAUAUAUCCCAUUGUAAAUUGUUAAGUUCCACCGUAUUCUUCAAUUUAGUUUCUAAAAAAUAUUUUCAUGUUUAUUGCUAAAAUGCUUUCAUUCAUGAUGUUUGGAGGAUAUUGCUUUUUAUCAUAUCAUACAAUAAAUACGCAAUUAAAUCAUUUUUCUUCAGAUUUCCAAAAAAAAAAAAUUGUUUAGUCAAAUAUUUUAAGAACCUGAACUUGAUUAGCUCAGAUUUUAAAAAACAAACACAAACACACUGGCUUAUCUUAUCUUCAACAUUUCUGUCAGGCAUUGUCCUGUCUUUAAGUAUUCUAUUAAAUUGAAUCAAGAAAAUAAAACGUGUCAAACAUGAAGGAUUGUUAGAUACUGUAUGUGUCCCAACGAAUUGCCCCUCAUACUCGUAUAAAGUUUAUAGUGCUACUUGUGUUUUUAGUAACAGGACCGAGCUGAUGUGUAAUGCCUACUUUUACCGUCAGGUUGGGGAAGCUGUUCGACCAUUGAAGCUGAUCACACACGCAGCUGAUCACACUGCGUCCGUCUAUCCUCUGUCUCUAGAUUUGUGUUCCCCAAAGACUACGGUUGUCAUGUGAGUCUGCAGACUGGCAGAGUGAUGCACGCCACUGGUUAAAUGUGCACUGCUCAAUGGUUUAGUGAUCGCUUCAGGUUGUAAGCAUCGUGUAGCGGGGCCCUAGCUUUAGACGGGGCCCCACACUGAGGUAACUGGACAGAAGAGACAGAUUCAAACUCUAGACCCUGUUUCACUAUGUGUUGCUGUUAUUCAUUUGUUUGUUUGUUUGGGCGUCC